AUAAUAAUUAUUAUAGAUGAACAAAUAUUUGCAAAAAUGUAAAAACUACCAAGAAUCUUUUAUUUAAUAAUAUAAUAAUUGUUGGUUUGGGAGUACCUCUAUGCAGUGUUUCUUAUAACUUAAUAAGUAUUAAUUCAGAACAAUAAAUUAUUAACUAAAAUAUUUCCUGAAUUAAAUAAUGAACAUGAUUUUAAUUACUUAGAAAAUUCAUUUAAGUAUAUACUAUUCAAGGAAGGGGUCAGAUUACUGCUGUUUCUAACAUAGGCGCAACUAGGGCACUAUAGAUACAGGUAUGCUACGCCGCCAUUUUGCAACUAAUAAUGUUAUGUGAAUUUGAAUUUCUCCCCCUUUAUUUUAUCAUUUUAUCAUUGAUAAAUGAGUCGCAAAAUAGUGGCAUAGCAUACCCAUUCUAUGUAGAGCCUUAGCGCAACUAGACCUAUAAAACGUGGGGUCCUAUAUUAUUUUAUAUUUUUAAAACCCUAAAAUUGAUGGUAUUUUACUGUAAUAAUAAUGUCAGUAUUGACAACUACAACAUUAAUGAUAGUUAGACCUAAAAAAACACAGGAUGCUAAAUUAGAACUUGGGGGUGCUGAAGACCCUUUUUAACUCCCCUAAUUUUGCUAAUGGUUUUUAAAAAUAAAAAUAAUAAUAAGAUUUCAAUUACUCAUUCAAUUUGAAACAAUAUUCUUCAGUUUAUAAAAUCACAGUAAUUGUAAAAGUUAGGUACUUCACCAAUGUAAAGAAAAAAUUAUAAUAUUCCGACUUGUUUAAAGUAUUGUAAAAAGUUUGCUUACCUCAACAAGUGUAUGUUCUUAUAAGUCUUAAAAUUAUUUCUAAUUAUAAGAUUGUGUCUUCUAAUUUACUCUUUUAAAUAGAAAAUAUUAAAUCAUAUCGUGAUAUUAAUGUGCCUAUACCUAUAGGUAAUAAUAAUAAAUGCAUAUUAAUUAUGUAAAUUGCAUGGACACUGAAAAAUCUUGACUAUUAAAGUAGGUAUACAUUAGUAUGGUAUCACUUCUUUUCGUUCCAACUUUUCGUUUUUAUGACACAAAGAAAUUAUAGUAAAGAAAAUCUAUGACAACGUAAAGAUUUCAUAGCAAAAAAACUAAAAAGUACAAGGAAAAAAUCAUGAUUGGAAUCAAGUGGCAGGGACUGGAACCGCACCGAAAUAGACCGGUUAUAUGGACCGAAACCUUUCUUAAAUCUUGGUACCGGAACCCUUAGAUACAUUUUUUAGGAUCCAGGACAAUUUAUUGGCUCAUGAAAAACGAUGUAUGCAGACAAUAUCCCCCCCCACGUCAUAAUUUUAUACACGUAAAAUUGAUCCACCACGGUUUAAAAGUUAAAUAAUAAUUAAAAAAUAUUUUUUUGAACAAAACGUUCUUACAUAAUAUAAUUUAAAUCAGUACUACAAAGCCAAUGGUAGGGGAGGGAUCUGACCCUCCACGUCCCCCUUGUAUACGCCACUGGCAAGCCUGCAGAGGUUUUUACAAUUUUUAGUAUACAUUCCUUUGUAUUAUAAUAUAUUGUACACUGUUUCUUAGAAGAGUCAAAAUCAUAUUCUUUGUUUUUCCGGCACUGCGCGCAAUCGUUUUCCACCGUUUAGGUCAAUGGCAAGACGCUACAGGUCAGGCCACCAGGAACUUCCCGGUAUCCCGGUGGGCAGGCCGUGCCUAUUAUUACAAAGAGUUUUUCUUAAAAUAAUCAAGAGUAGUGAAAUAUUAUGUGCACGGAAAAAAAGUGCUGGCUUAUAAAACUUAAAUCGUAAAUAUAAAUAAUGUAUUAUCCAACCCCCCUAACAACAAUCAAAAGGCCAAUUUAUUAUCGUUUACUACUGAAAUUAACAGUAUAAUAUUAAUAUAAUAUUCAUCGUUUCGCCAUAUUAUUGUUGAACGCCCAUUGCAAAACAUAAAACAUGUUAGGUAUCAUAUCAUUUCUCGCUCUCAUCCUUCCCAUCACUGCGAUACCGUUCAACGUCGGCACAGCGCUGUACACCAUAGACGACGUGGCAUCCAAAACGUGGACAACAGAAGAUGUGGCAAUCUUGCGCAGUCGUAUUUUAAUGGACCAGUUAAUUCCAAAAAAAGUGGUCGGCGGAAAAUCGUUUCUAAAGUACGUACGGAUAAUUGUUAACAAAUUUGAGACGAUCUCCAGCGACAAGACGAGAAAAAUAGCCAUGGUUACGGCCUGUGAUGUGAUUGGGGCUUAUCUUCAAGGGGUGAUGCUGCCACACGUAAAGGAUGGAUAUUAUAACGGCCACGAGAGCUAUGCAGUCACCAACGAGCUGUUCGCGUUGGAACGGAAGAUCAAGUUCAUUUUGGAUACCGACGGACGUGGUUGGAUGACGCCCGUAGACGCCGGACAGCAGAGGACGGCUGUCGCCGCCGCCGCCGUCAAAAAGGACGACGCGGACGAUCCCAUUUUCGAGGAGACGGAAAACGCGUGUGCGGCCCUCUUGACGAAUGUCGUACCGUCGGGCAGGGAAUUGAUCACCGCCGUACCGGUACCAGCAUUCGACGAUAACAAGAACCCUGGGUCGCUGGCGUUCCCGUUCGUGGUCGGCAAGCGGCUGUUCUCCGUGGACAGGCCGUGGCUGGCGGCCGACGACCACCGCCCGCUGCUCGUCCGGUAUUACCGACUGGCCGCUGGCUGCACGUCGCCAGCGCCCGAACAGUUCCGGGCGGACAUGCACCUUUGGCUGGACAACGUGGUGGCACCGCUGUUGGCGGACCGCAACCGGUGGUACCCCGUGCUGGCCGGCGCGGCGCGCGUCGUCCGGGCCGCGGCCAAGGCGGCAGGCGUCGACGUGACCGCGGCCGGCCGUCCUAAGCGGAAGGUGACGGCGGCGAAUACGACGAGCGAUCUGACUGAGGCUAACGACGACGGCGGCGAUGGUGAUGUCCACCGGUCGUGCGACGACGGGACCGACGGCCAAGUGCCCAACGUAAACGUGUCCCUGGCAGUCAUUCUGUUGUCGCUCCUGUCCACGUGGAUAUCGUUCUGGGCAUUCGGCUUUGAACGGCAAUCGCAAACCGUGACGUACAGCAGAAAACCAGAUACGGUUUUCAACUUCUAGGCUGACGGGCGACGGCAAAC